CCAUUCCGUCCAAUUCGGUUCCACCAUCUGCAAUUUCUGAAUCAAGAACUGGUUAUCACUUUCUCCACUUCCACUUGCAGGGGACUUCAAUGGAGACUGGAGUUAUUAGUUUUUUUUUCCAAACCCAGAAUCACCGGUCGCCAUAGCUUCUGUAUCAACCAAUUCCUUACACACCGCGAUCCCGGCCGGAGACGGCACAUCUCAAACCCCUCCACAUCAAUUGCGCGCGCGCACACACCAGUCCAUCACUUCCCUAUCGAAGUUCUUCCUUGCCCAAGAUGCUAUCAAUCAGAAGCUCAGCUGGCGGCAAAUUUCGCACGCCGGAGAAUUUCACCAUAUGUUCCAGAUUUGUUGAAGUGGUGGUUAUCGUUCUUUCUCUCCAAGGAUAAUACAAGAUAUGUUGCAGACUUGCAGUUGCAGUAUCCUCCGGGAAGCUUUCGUAUCAGCACCAUCCAUUCAAAACACACAGAUAUGAGCCCCCUCUUCCGACUGGAGAGUACGAGGUUUUCCUUAGCUUCAGAGGUCCAGAUGUCCGCACAACUUUUGCUGAUUGUCUCUACAGUGUUUUGGCUCGUUCCAAGAUUAGAACCUUUAGAGACGAGGAAGAGCUUCGUAAAGGGGAACAGAUUGCCCCCUCCCUUGUCCAAGCUAUUAUCCAAUCAAAGAUUCACAUCCCAAUUUUUUCCCAGAACUAUGCUUCCAGCAAGUGGUGCCUUCAAGAGCUUGCUAAGAUGGUGGAGUGCUGGAAGCAGGGGAAAGGACACCUCAUACUCCCCAUUUUCUAUUUUGUGAACCCUAGAGAUGUGAGGCAUCAAGAUGGUCCUUUUAAGGAGGCAUUUGAGCUGCAUGAUCAAAAACAUGAUGCAGCUACUGUAAUGGAAUGGAGGGAAGCCCUGCAAGAGGUCGGGAAAAUGAAAGGAUGGACUGUCCACAAAUCUGAUGGGCAAGGAGCUAUAAUAGACGCGGUUUUCUCCCGGGUUGACUCAUAUCUGAUGAGGAGUUAUAAGCUGGGGGCUAAUCAAGACUUGGUUGGGAUUGAUUUUCAUGUUGAACAGGUAGUGAGAUUACUGAACCUGGAUAGCUCUCAAGGCGUGAAAAUUGUUAGCAUUCAUGGUAUAGGCGGCGUUGGUAAAACCACUCUUGCCAAGGCUGUUUAUGAUGAGAUUUAUCCUCAUUUUGAUCGCUGCUGCUUUCUGGAGGACGUUCGAGAAGCAUUGACCAAGAAUGGUAAGGGCCUAGUAAGUUUGCAGAACAAGGUUAUCUCCAGCAUACUGGGACAUAAUGAUGAUCUAGUUGAAGAUGCUGAUGAGGGUAUUCAUGUGAUAAAAGAUAGGGUCUGCAGACACAAAGUGUUUCUCGUUCUUGACGAUGUCGAUGAAAUGUUUGAGUUUGUCAAAACAUUAGGAAAACUAGAAGAUUUUUCAGCAGGAUGUAGAAUUUUGAUCACAACUAGAGACAUAGUUUUGAACUUGCAUCAAGAGUACAAGUUGUAUGAACUCGGAGAGAUGAGUCCUGACUAUUCGCUUCAACUAUUUAGCAAGCAUGCCUUUGGGAUGGACUACCCAGCAGAAGAUUAUGCAGCUCUGUCAGACAAAUUUGUACAAGCUGCAGGAGGUCUGCCGUUGGCGCUUAAGGUCAUAGGGGCACUUUUGUUUCGCAAGGGUCAAAAGGUUUGGGAAGAAAAGUUGCUGCAAUUAGAAGAAGUCCCUCCUAGUAAGAUUCAAGAAAGGCUAAAGAUAAGUUAUGAUGCAUUGACUUAUGAGGAACAACAAAUCUUUCUUGAUAUUGCUUGUUUCUUUAUUGGAGAGGACAAAGUUUUGCCAAUCUAUAUGUGGAGUGACUGCAGGUUCUAUCCAGAAAGUGGGAUUGAGACUCUUGUUCUUAGGUCCCUGAUCAAAUUUAACAAUGAACACGAAUUUUGGAUGCAUGAUCAUAUCAGAGACUUAGGCAGAGCUAUUGUUCGACAGGAAAACAUUGAAUAUCCAGACAAGCGGAGCAGAAUAUGGUCCAACGACUGUGCUCUGGACAUGUUAAGCAACAAAGAGGGAACAAAUAAUGUUAUAGCUCUAAAGUUUCGCACACAAAGCUGUGAUAUUAUGGGAGAGGAAGAAUUCAGGAAGCUCUCGAGGCUAAGAUUCCUUGAAGCAGGUCAUGCAAACUUGACAGGGAACUUCAAAGGGAUUCUUCCCAACGUGCGUUGGCUUCGACUCUCUUGGUGCGAUUUAAUACCUACUAGUUUUGGGAUGAACAAGUUGGUAACUAUUGAGCUGGACAAUGUUGGUAUCUCAGAUGACUGGGCAGGAUGGGCAGAAAUGAAGAAGCUGAAGAUAGUAAUACUAUGCUGGUGCCAUGGACUAAGAAGAGCUCCGGACCUGUCUGCAUGUGGAAAUCUAGAGGCGUUGGAACUUCGAGGAUGUCAGGAAAUGCGUGGGGAAGUGAAGGUGGGCAGUUUCAAGUGUCUGAAGGAGCUUAAGAUCAUCGGGUGUGGAAUAAUAAAGUUAACUGGCCAAUUUGAGAUGCUUAAAAGUAUGAAAGUGAUUGAAUUCUUCAGCUGUGGUCGAGCGCCUCAGCCACUGCCGGAGCUUCCCACAAGCUUAAACCGACUAAUCAUCUCAUCUCCAGUUCCUAAUCUUUCGGACCUCAAGAAUUUGGAGGAACUGCAAUUUGAACAUUGUGAAGUCGAGCUCGGAAUUCCCGGGGAUAUAUGGAAGCUGUGCAAGUUGAAGACUUUGAUCCUCACAAAGUGCCCCUGUGAGAGUCUACUUGUGGAAGAGGGUUCUCUUCCUUCAUCUCUCAACUGCCUUCGUGUCCAACAGUGCGAUCCAGUGGCCAGACUCCCAAAUCUAGCAAAUUUGAAUAGGUUGACAGAACUGCGAUUGUCAAGCGUCAAGGUUGGUGAGAUUCACGGUCUAGGUGAGCUAACAUUGUUGACAACUCUCGAAAUAUCGUUCGCACCAAACCUCACCACCCUCGAUGGCCUCGAGAACCUUGUGCUUCUCACAGCACUCACAGUGCGUGACUGUUGUGCAAUAACAAGACUGCCCAGUUUAGCCACACUGACAAAUUUGUGCAGUCUGGAGGUUCUAGAAUGCGAGCUGCUCACGGAGAUCCAGGGACUGGAUCAACUGGGGCAAUGCCUAUUGCAUCUCGAAAUACAUGGUUGCAACUUGGCCAAUCUUGAGGGUCUCCAGUCUACCGUGGCACUACAACGUCUUGUACUGGUAGGCUGUGAGUCAAUUCAUACAUUGCCUCCACUGUCGAAGUUGAAGAAGUUGAAGACCAUAUUUUUCAACUACAACGACAAGCUUUCUCGUACUGAGGGUCUUGGGCAGUUGAUCUCCUUACAGAAGCUGGAACUUUGGAACUGCAAGUCACUGAAACAACUACCAGAUCUAUCUCACCUCCACAACUUGAACGUGUUAUCCAUUUCCGGAUGCGAGCAGCUGAUUGAACUCAGUGGACUAGACGGGCUAGCAUCAUUGGCAGAGCUAUCGAUUGAUGACUGCAGAUCGAUCACGAAGUUAGGCGAUCUCUCCGGUCUCAGAAACUUGAAGGACUUGCAGAUAUUGAGAUGCCCGCAGUUGACCGAGGUUACAGGACUUGAAGGACUGGUAUCGUUGCAAGGGCUCUCUAUUACUGGUUGCACAUCGAUUACCAAGUUGUCGCCGCUAUCUAGUUUGAAAAAGUUGAAGGGGUUGCACAUUGAGAGAUGCACCCAGCUGAGUGAGAUCACGGGGCUAGAGGGUUUGGAGUCGUUGGAAGAGCUAUGGUUGCAUAAUUGUCCGUCGAUUAAAGAGUUGUCGGGUCUCUCUCGUCUGAUCAACAAUCUCGAGACAUUAGAUAUCGAGGGAUGCACACAGUUGCCUCCAGUCAUCGGGCCUCGAGGAGUGAAUCGUUGAGGAGUUACAUGCAGGUGUCUUGAGUAUCAAGGCACUAUGCACAAAAGCUUAAGGUAGUGAGUAGUGACCACGCAGAAAGUGGUCGUGCAUAAAUAGGGCCAAGGAUUCUCUAUCUUACCCUUACUUUUUCUCUUCUCAGUUCUCACCUAAUCCUUUCUAUCCCUUGGUGUCGGUAUUGAUCUUUUGAAUCAUUUACCUUUCAGGAACUACAUCAAAAAAGGGGUCUGAUAUCUCGUCGAUUUAAGUCUCGUAUCUUGAUGUGUUCUUCUAGCGCAAGUAAUUUAACUGCAGAAUGGGGGAACUGCUUGAUCAAGAAAUGCUGUUUCGGCAACGGAGAAAAGAGGGAGAGAGAGAACGGAAGAUGCAGAAAACCAUUUCUAGGGUUACUGAUACCACCACAUUUUCACUUCAUGGAUUCUCCCGAAGUAACUAAGACCGCCAGCACACCCUCCGCCGCAACAGAAACUGCCGCCGCCGCCAGUUCGAUCGGUUCCCCGAUUGUUCAAGAGUCUCCUUUCUCUAACUACUUGAGCAACCUAUCUCCUAUAAAGCCUGUGAAGAAUUCGCGUAUAUUACCAGGAUAUGCAGAUCUCAGUUCUCCUCCCCUCGUGUUCACUUCGCCACAUAUAGUAUCAAAAUGUGAAGCAAGCUCGCUGCAAAGGCCUCAAUGCCCCCAGAAAUCUGGUCCAGAAACACCUAAAGACAAUGUUGGGAUAAGUUCUGUUGAUGUUCCUCCUGGUUUGGAAAAAUGUGAUUCCUAUUUGAGUAGCAAGUUCAAUGUGGACAGCGAGAAAGACGGUGAUCAUAGUAGCUACACAAAGGAACAGCAUUGCAGUCCCUCAGGGGUUGUUGAUGAGUACUUAUCAGAACCAGUAGAUACAGAGUGCACAGACUGUGUACAUUCAGCAAACCCAAUAACAGAGACAGAGCCAUCUAUUGGUCCUCGCGGAUUAGCAAACUUACAAACUAUUGUGCUGAAUGCUGAUACAGAUAAGGAAGCUCCAACGUUUGCACUUCCAACCUCUGGACAGGGCAGCAGUAACUGUGUGCUGUCAUCUGAUGGACUACUAUAUGAAACUUUAUCUGUUCAGAAUCUGCAUGCAAAUGAAGACUAUUAUGAUCAUGUGGAAGCAGGCUUGGAUGAUCCUGGGGUCAGUCAAUUGUAUCGUGGCAUGAGUAGGCGCUGUCUGCAAUUUGAAGAAGCUCAAGGGAUUGGACAAGGUAGUGUGCCAGCCAUGAAUUCUCCGAAUUCAUCCAGCGAUCCGAUGGGCUUAAGAUUACCCUUUUCCAGUGCGGGUAUGGAAAAUUCAAAAAUUCUGAAUCCAGGCAUUGCUGCUCCUUCUGGAAAGAGGACAAUGAUCAACUUGACCCGGGGGUUAAUCUCCAACCGUUCUCCUAACCACAAUUCAAAUGCUAGAUUGUCUAUUCCCAAGCGAUCUGGUAUUGGAUUACAUCUGAAUAGCAUUGUUAAGGCCUUACCAAUGGAGUGUAAUGUUAACGAAAGCAUGAAAACUCAUUUAUCGGAGAAUGAGAAAUGUUCUACACAACUAUCAAAUUCAGUUGAGAAAAUUACUCAUGCGGAAGAAAAAAUGCUUGAAAACCAGGUUGUGCCUGCUGUUGUUAGUGCCACCUCAGAUUCUUUGCUCACCAUGAAAUCAGUGAGUGCAUUGCAGUCAUUAGAGCCCAAUGAAACCCCGCCAAAAAAGAGGACAUUGAGCUUAGAGCAAUGUGAAAAUUAUAACGAGUUAAACCAAUCAAGCCCUAAGAAGAGAAGGAAGAAGUUUACCCCUGAUGGCGAUGGUUGCAAACGUUGCAAUUGUAAAAAGACUAAAUGCUUGAAAUUGUAUUGUGAUUGUUUUGCCGCUGGGAUCUAUUGUGCGGAUUCUUGCAGUUGCCAAGGAUGCUUCAAUAGGCCUGAACACGAAGAUAAAGUUCUUGAAACACGCCAACUGAUAGAAUCCCGUAACCCUCUCGCUUUUGCUCCAAAGAUUGUGCAUCAGGCAUCAGGAGUUCCUGCAGUAAUCGGGGAAGAGGUAAACAGGACAACACCAGCGUCUGCAAGGCAUAAAAGAGGGUGCAAUUGCAAAAGGUCAAUGUGUCUGAAAAAGUAUUGUGAAUGCUAUCAGUCAAAUGUUGGCUGCUCCAGUGGUUGCCGAUGUGAAGGUUGCAAGAAUGUCUUUGGUAGGAGAGAAGAUUACACUAUAGUUGAAGAGAUUAUGAGCAGCACAACCAGCAAGGAUGGGCCAAACGACAUAGCUGAUGAGAAAUUAGCAGGGGUGGAUCAUAGUAAUGAUCUCUUUCAUGCAGAUUCGUCCGAGUUAGAAAGCCCUGCACCAUUUACACCACAGUGCCAGUUCUCUGAGCAUGGAAACGAUGCCCCAAAGUCCGGGCCAUUUAGUACCCGAUACCUCCCAUCGCCUCUCUCCCACAUGUCUACAAUUCAAUCAGAUUCAAAAACCAGUUCCCCAACCCAAACUGGUGACAGCUUACUUGCAGAGAUUGACUGCCGGGAUAUGGAGUUUACCAUUGCCGAAAUGAUAGGCGAAUUAUCUCCAAAGUUGGAUCCAAUCAGUGGUAUAUGUUACCUCUCUCCACAACGAACUGCAUCAUCCUCAGCCGUGGCAGCUUCUCCAUCUGCAUCUAAGACCAAGGACCUGUCAACUAAUGUUCCACGUCCACAGUUUGAAGUUGGUAGUGGUGGUACCCAUAUGUCCUCUUCCAUCCGUUGGCAUGGCUUGCCGGUCACUCCAAUGCCAUCCUUAGGCGCUGGAAAGAUGAUUGAUGAUGUGCUCAUGGAAGAAGAAGACACCACACCUGAGAUAUUGAAGGAAGCCUGUAACCCAAUUCAAUCAGUGAAAGCAACGUCUCCAAACAAGAAGCGGAUUUCUCCACCUCAUGCACAUUCCAAACGUCUGGAGCUCGGGUCGAUAGUGUCGGGAGGGUUGAAAAGUGGGAGGAAGUUCAUACUGAAGGCAGUCCCUUCUUUCCCACCACUCACACCUUGCUUGGACUCCAAGGCAACCAAGUUACCACCAACAAGGAAGAGUAACAGCCAACAGCAAGGUAAAUAGUACAUUGAAUGCGGCGUGACAAGAGUCCAUAUCACUUGAGCAUUGCAUCGUGGUUCGAAACCUUGCGGCACGGCGAAACUGGUCUGUUUAUACGCCAGAACAAGGAAUGUGUCUAAUGUGAGUACCAUCUUAGGUCUGAUGGUUGGAAGGAACGACAUCUGAGGUCUGCUGCUAGAUCUAACAUCUACAAUCGCCGGCGGCAACCAGCCACCUUUAUGUGCUUAUAGCUUAUUAGUAUUGUUCCGAUGUUAUUAUAUGUAAGCAGUGUUAUUAUGAAGUUCUUCGUUUAGUGUUUUUAUGUAUUAGUUGAUGAAUCCUUCAGCAAGAAAUUGAAAUUCGGUAACAACAUUCGAUAGCAUUAUCUGUGGUGGGCUGCAUCGGUAGGCUAAGGCCCAUAAAUUUCUGGUUUGGGCCUAAUUUAGCAGAAGUCUUGACUUGGCUUGGAC